AUGGGUCCUUUUGAUAUUCGAAACGGCGCAACGUUAUUAGCACCAAUAAAGAGAUCUCGACACCACAGAGAACCACUAACAACCUCGACAACAACAACAGAAACAGCACAUCAAGCUCUUUUAGAAACGAAUCCAUGCCUCGUCCACUAUUGCAUGAAAGGGCACGAGUGCGCCCUGACGGACGCUGGGGCCGCGACGUGCAUCUGCCAACGGCAGUGCGCCGUCCACAAGAAACUCGUGUGCGGCUCCGACGGACACAUUUACCCCAACCACUGUGAACUACAUCGAGCUGCCUGUCUCGCUGGCACCACCAUUGCGGUCGAAAGGGGAGUGCACUGCGUGAAACACGGGAAAGGUUGGGCCCCAACUCUUCAACAAGAAGAUUAUUUCGAUGAAUACGAUCCCGGGGCCUCCACCAAACCAUCAGAAAUUAACUUGGAAUUAAAGGAAAACACAACUAAACUCAUGACAGAGGACGUUUUGACGACGACCGUCGUCCCCGCUUUCGCCUCCGUAACCGUGGAAAGACGCGGGAUAGACGAUCGUGAGCGGAUGGGGAACUGGGACGCGCAUUCCACCCUUCCCAGCGACCUUGAAAACGAGGUUGAGGAGAAAUCCGAUUCCGCUACGUACGGGAAUAAUGAAGAUUGUCCGAUGCAGGAAUACGAAAUCAUGAAGGAUAAUCUCCUUUUAUAUAACCACGCAAGAUUGAUGUCUCAAGAUAACCACAGUAAAGACUAUCUGGUUUCGAUCAUGUUUUCCCACUACGAUAGGAAUAACAACGGAAACUUGGAAGCAACCGAAUUGAACGAGGUUACAUCUCAAGAGCAUUUGGAGACGUUGAGUAAAGGUUGCUCCCUUUCGAACAUGAUAGCUUACGAGGAUAGCGAUAAGGAUGGAAAGUUGAAUAUUAAUGAGUUCUACGUGGCGUUUAGCAAACUUUACAGCGUAUCGGUCGUUUCGUUGGAUAAAGCUCUUGAAACGAACCAUUUGCCGGCCAGAGUGGGCGACAACGUCGAGAUCAAGUGCGACGUGACUGGUUCUCCCGUACCGCCGAUAGUGUGGCGACGAAAUCAGCUCGACCUUUCCAGUCUCAACGAAGAAGAGGUCAGGGUCUUCAACGACGGCAGCCUGUACUUGACCAGAAUACAGUUGCAGCAUGCCGGAAACUACACGUGUCACGCCCAAAGGAACAAAGAUGUCGUUCAAACGCACAUCUUAACAGUUCAUACCGUCCCCGAAGUUCAUGUAACGCCGAGAAUUCAAUCAAAAAGACCCGGAGAAGAUGCAACUAUGUAUUGCCACGUAGCCGGAGAACCAUUCCCCAAGGUUGAAUGGUUAAAAAACGAUGAAUCUCUUAGAAUGGAUAAUGGACAUAAAUAUCAAAUAGUUGGAAAUGGAACUGCAUUGAAAAUUAGGAAGAUUUCUUUUGCUGAUACUGGAGCUUAUAUGUGUCAAGGUACUAGUAUAGGCGGCUUGACAAGGGACAUCAGCUCUCUCGUCGUCCAGGAACAACCGACGCCGACUGCACCUGGUGAAGAGAGAAGGUUCUUCGCUUUCCACGAUUGGGGCGUCUCCGUCUACGAACCAACAGCAUGUAGAUUGUAUCACCAAAUCCAAUCUACUGAUAUUAUACCAGGAACACAGGAAUACGUUUGUGGUGAUAAAGGUGUUAAAUGCACUUGGGGUAAAGCGGUAAACGUCGCCAACAGAUACGUUUACGCAACUCAACCAGACCGAGAUAGAAUUUUAAUCAUUUCCAAGAUCCAAAUGGUUGUUGUAGAUGUUGUAGCUACGGAUAAAUACCCGGUAGAUCUUCAUUACGUUCAACAUUUAGAUCAAAUCUGGGUGUUAAAUUGGCGUUCAUUAAAUAACACGGGCGUUAAAACAAUACAGGUCAUAAGGGACGCCGGUCAAAAGAGGAAACAUCACACCGUUCAUCCAGAACCAAUUGACGGACAAUUCGAUUUAGUUAGAGGUUUAUUUAUACCUUCGCCAAAUCAGGAAUUAUCCCACUACAGUUUUAAAUAUGGUUAUGUCACCCACACCAACCAAAGAGGCUUGUACAAACUUGAUUUAGUCAACUUAAGAUAUACAAGAUCGGUGGAUUUAACUCCAUACAAUUGCGUCCCUGAACAAAUCCAAUUUUCAGCACUAUACGGUUUGGUUAUUAUGGAAUGUUUAGAACCAGUUACAAACAGACCCACGGGACAGUUACUUCUCGAUUAUUUAACAGACACGGUUAUUGCUACAAAACCAACUUUACCAGGAGUUCCUUUCAUAUCUCCUGAUUCGCGUAAAUUGGUCACUUUAGAUCGAACGAAGAAUGGAGCAACUUUAAUUGUACAAGAGAUAACUCCUACUGGGUUAUUGUUUUCGUUUGAUGUUAAAACCACUUUAAAUAUUUCUGAUAUUACAUUUUAUCCAAGUCAAACUACGCACAGUUACGAUAUUUAUGCCACGGCUCAAGAUAAAGAAGACAUUUUAUUCUUAAAUUUAUUAACGGGAAAAGUUGAAAUUAUAACGGGGGUCGGAAAACCAGUCCCUUCAGAACUCACAAAGUGGGGAAAUGCUAAUCGCCCCAUAAGUGGUUCAGGGUUAUUCGGACAAUACAUGGUAACACCCGCAAGUGAAGCCCUAUUUGUAAUAAAUGGUAGAUCGAGAACGGUAAAUUGCGAAAUUGGAGCGUUGGUUCAUCCUAAUGCCAUAGUAUGGACUUCGCUUAAAUUUCAUUAAGAUAAUAAAAUACACUAACGAUCACAAAAGAUGGAAGAAAAAGCCGACAGCUUUGUUCUGCGGAUUGUUUCACUUAGAUAGGGCCCCAUUGAAAGUAAAAUAGGUGUAUAUUGUAACUAUUAUUAAUUGUACGGUAAUCGUUGUACAUAUUCCCAUAUUUUGAAGAGAUGACGAUUAACGCUUUACGUGUGAAGGAAAAAUGAUUUAUGUGGGGGAGACGAGAGGACAGAGACAACAAUAAAAUAGUACAUAUUUUUUACUAAGCGACGCUUUCGCAGACGUUUUCUUAAGGGACAUAUCUAAAAAAAAUCCACUCGAUGAAAAAAAAGUCAUGUGUAAAAUA